AUGCCUACAUUGUGCACUUAUAUUGCGACUUCCUUGACUUUCACUAUAACUUAUAGUUGUAGCUUGAUUUCUUUAUUUAUGCCAGAGUGGUUACGUUUCGAAAGCCCAAGACCAUAUAAAACUAUAACGAACUAUGGCCUGUUUCAGAAAUGUUCAACCUUAAAUGAUGUGAAAUGUAGAGAGUUUCCUUCAUUAGAUUAUGGUGAUUGUGAAGAAAGAGGAUUUUGUGAAGCAUGGAUUGCAGCUAGAGAUAUUAUGAUAAUUGCCGCCGUGAUUGGUGGUCUUACUUUAAUUUAUUGUAUUAUUGUGUUAUUAAGCGGUGGUUCUCAUCAUCUACAUGCUUGGAAAGUUUUUGUUGCUCUUCUUCAGAUAUCUUCAAUCGCAUUAAUAUCACAUCUUUAUAAUACUUCACAGCGAUUCCUCUAUGGAAUUAGAUUUGAUAAUAGUUAUUUUCUUGCUACCGGCUCUUUUGUGGUUAACUUUUUAUUAUCUAUUGCUUUAUUCUUGUUCGGUCGGUCGUUUAGACCUUCAUACGAUCCCAUAGGUUAG